AUGGUUGAUGAGUCUAAAUAUCAAUUUAUGGGUUUCACGGUUAAAGUGUUAAAAAUGUUAAACAUUUGGUUAAAUGAUGGGGAAAUAGACGAGCUUAAAUGGCGUAGUUGGAAAACGUAUUCUAUUUAUAUUUUUUUAAUACCCAGUGUUUUACCUUUAUUUAUCGAACUGAUUUUUAUAUUCACUGAACCAGAAGCGGAUAUAGUGAUAAUAUUUCAGGUGGUUCUAGCUGGUGUUUGCGUCGCCGGAAGUAUGUACAUGACACUUUGUUUCUUAUCGAAUAGAAAAGGCAUCAAAGAAAUCAUAAAAUCAAUUGAACUCUUUACAAAAUACUCCGAUUUAGAUAUUAUCGCUAUAGAUUUGAAAAUUUCUUUUUACUCAAAAAUAUUCAUUUUUUACACGAUAACGGGAAUUUUAAUUUACGUUAUUGCCCCAACUCUUCACGUGGAAACUUGCGAAGCUACAAAACCGCGAUACAUGAAGGAAGCUGGUAUUCCUUGCGGUGUUAUAGUUCGAAUAAGGUUACCUUAUCGAUACGAUAAAAGCCCAAUGUUUGAAAUUUAUGUAAUUCAUCAAUUUUUAACUGCUGCUAUGUCCAGUUUGGUUAUUGUUAAUUCAACAAUUUUGAUUUGCGGUUUGUUAAGACACGUUGAACUUCAAUUUAAAAAGUUGUUUUCUUAUAUCAUGUUAAUAUCAACGGUUAAGACGAGUAAACUUAGCGAAACGGUUAAGUUUUGUGUUGAAUAUCAUCACGAGAUAAUCAAAUUCGUUGAAAAUAUUAAUUUGUCUUUUGGAAGUCAACUUGUGGUUCACGUAACAUUAACGUCGUUGGUUAUCAGCAUUUUAGGGUUUGAAAUCUUAAUGGAAGAUGAUUUAUUUGAGUCUGUUCGUUAUGGGAUGCAUUUAUCUGGUUGGUUACUUUUGUUAUUCACUAUUUGUCAUUUUGGACAAAAUUUAAUGGAUGAAAGUACAAGUUUGGCAAUCGCUGCAUAUAAUACACCUUGGUAUAACAGCCCCGUUUCUAUCCAAAAGGAUAUCUUACUGAUUCUAAUCAGAUCACAAAAGCCGCUUACUUUAAACGCUAUGAAUUUAGGUGAUUUAUCACGGGCCACAUUUCUAAAGGUUCUAAGUUCUGCUUAUUCGUAUUUCACGUUGUUUUUGAAUGUGAAAAAAUGAAUGUGUAUGAAAUAGAAGGACUGCUCAG